CGCACCAUAACUAUUUUUUGACCAUCCACUUCUGUGGCAAACAAUGGAAGGGCGCUUAUUAGCGGUCUCUCGCCCUGACUUAAUCAACAUUCGAUGUAUAAAUACCGAUAACGGUAUUAUUUACUUAUUAUUCACUAAUUGUCCGCUAAGCGUUACAGUCCCUCACUCGCUCACAAAUUGGUUCCACAAUGUUCGCCAAGGUGUCCAUCGUAACUAUUUGCUUUCUGGUAGCUGCGGUCAGUGCUAAACCACAUGUUCUAACUCCGGUGGUAGGACCCGCAUUCGUGACCGCACAAAGUUCUCAGGUGUUUGCCCGUACCUACAAUGGAAUAGUCCCCGUGGCGGUGGCCGCUCCUCCUGCAGCAGUUGUUCCACCACAUUUCCACGUCCCGGCAGCGUCCUUUGCCGCAUUCUAUGUUCCACAUGCUCCGGCAGUGUUCUCUUAUCCUGUGUACGCUCAUGCUCCAGCGGUUGCAGCAGCGGUUCCAGCAGUUCCGGCCACCCCAGCUGUAGUGGCCACUCCGGCCGCUGCCAAACUAGUGGCCGCAGCUCCGGUGGCGAAAGUGGUGGCACCAGUGCGGACAGCACCCUACCUGACGACCAUUCGCUAUCGCUCGGUUGUAGCCUAGAAAACUAGGUCUUGUGAAGUGAUGGGAUGGUGCGGAAGUGUAGGAUUAAGACAGUACCUUACUAGUCCAUAAUACAAUUAGUAAAAUACAAUUCGUGAACCAAAGGGUGAACAGAUGUGAACUUCAAUGUA